AUGUCCGAGAUGAAGCGCCUGCGCUCGGAGUCGGCGGUGGAGGAGUCGGCGGUGUCGGCGUACGUCCAAACGUGCGCGAAGUUCAAGUCGAACGUGAUGUUCACGGACAUCUCGAAGGUGUCGUGUGUUGCGGCGCACGUGCUGCUGGUGGGCGCGCUGGGGCAGCUGAGGGACAAGUCUGUGGAGUCCCUGCGGUUCUACUGCCCAGCUGUCGCGGAGGCGCUGAGGCGCGUGAAGGAUGGCGCGACGGUGAAGACGCUUGCGGUGGUUGCGGGGCGCGAGGGCUACACGGAGGUGACGGUGACUGCGCUGCCGGCAACUGCGUCGCGCACGAGCUGCCCGUACCGCGCGGACAGCCUCUCGGAGGCUGUUGUUGCCGCCUGCGGGACCGUCGACGAGGGUGAGACGCUGGACGUGUACGUGCGCGCGCCUGCUGGCGCAGAGGCGGCCAUCGCGAACGCUGUAGCGCGCGCACUCUCUCAUUCGAACAGGGUUGCCUGUGUGACGCGUUUUCAUCUGUGCGAGUUUCUCUUUUUCCUCGUUUCGCUUCUUAGUCGUGAUGAGGUUUUCGCUGGCUGA